AUGGGACUGUUAGGAGAAGUAAUUUCGAUGACAGAAGUCGCUCGUGGUCUUCAUUAUACUAAAUUGCGCCAAACAGAGAUUGAGCUAAAUGUCUCACGCAUCAUGCAAAAUGAAGCACGAAACGCCGUUCUAACCGCCCAGUCCGAGUAUUCCAGAGCAUUAAAAGCCAUUCCUGCGGGUCUCAAGGCACUUUUGCUUGAUUUGGGACGUGCUAUCAUCGGCAUUGUAGCAUCAUUUGGAAAAGGCACCGCCAAAGGACAAAAUGGAGGAUCUGCUGCUUCUGCUCCAUCUGCACUUGCCAAUAGUCAAUCCCUAGCAUUUGCACGUCUAUUAUCGGAUACAUUAGGGCACUUGUCCGGCGCAUUCAGCAGUUUUGAAGCUUUUAAAAUCACUUUUGGAGCAUAUCAGAAUUCGUUAGCAGCUGGUGGACAAAAUGACUUGAAAACACAAGUUUCCAAUCUGAUUCAGCAAAGCAUUAAAGUCUGCAAUGGCAUUGUAGAUCUCGUAAAAAAUUCAUUCGGCAGUGGAAAAUCCAUCGAAUCCUUCGUUGCCACACCCAUCACAAAUCGUAUCUCUUCUCUGAUUAACGAAGUAAAACCUUUAGUGGUGGCAGAAGCAUUAAACGGAGCGAAUGUACCUCCUGUAGAUAAUACUGCAACUACAGCCUCGUCUUCAACAGAUUCGUCAGGCAGUGAACGGUUCGCGGCACACCUGGCAAGUGAGCGGCUGCAAGCUGCCGAAAAGCGUUAUGAUUCUAUUUUUGUUCACCUUAAACAACAGCAACAAGAAAUGGGCAAAUUGAUGGCGAAAAUCGCAGGACUUGAUUUGACUCGGCGAACAGUGGAACCGAAUGGACUUGGCAAAAUGCUCACGGCAGAAAAUGACCGGGAACGAUCGCGACUAUUACAAGAAUUGAAUCAACAGUCUCAGGGUGCUCAGGAAAAAGUCAUUGAAUUGGUCAAUCAGCGAAAGGCUAUAUAUACUGCAGCUAUCAAUAAGCGGCGUCAAGAACUAGAUGAUUUUGUGAAUCAACUAGGUGGACCAGAAACCAAUAAUACUAAAGCCAUCGAUAGUGCAAAAAAUAUUCUGGAUCUCAAUUGA